CCGCCGUGACGCGCUGGCUAUGCGAGUGGGUGAGGGGAUGCCGGCGGCGACCGGCGCGCCGGGGGCUGGCAGUGGCAGUGGGCAGCCAGAGUCAUGAGCGGCUUCUACAACCCGGGCGUCACUAAGGAAGCUGCCAUGGAGGGAACAAAGCAGUCAAGAGUCUCUCGUCCGCACAAGAUUAGUGAAUCAUCAAAGGUGUACAGAUGGGCAGAUCAUUCUAGUGUCGUCCUUCAAGGACUGAAUGAGCAGAGACAAAGGGGAUUGUUCUGUGAUAUCGUACUUGUGGCAGAUGAACAAAAAAUGUCAGCCCACAGGAAUCUCUUGGCUGUUUACAGUGACUAUUUUAAUUCAAUGUUUACAAUUGGAAUGAGGGAAGCUUAUCAAAAAGAAGUUGAAUUGGUUGGAGCCUCCUAUAUAGGUUUGAAAGCUGUGAUCGAUUUCCUCUAUAGUAGUGAGCUCCCAUUAGAUGGUGGAAAUAUUGACUAUGUUUUGGAAACUGCACAUCUUCUACAAAUUUGGAAAGUGGUGGAUUUUUGUUGUGAGUACCUAGAAAAUGAGGUUAGUGAAGAGAAUUACCUCUACCUUCAAGAACUAGCUUCAAUUUAUGAUCUGGAACGCUUGGACUGUUACAUUGAUAGUUUUAUUCUGCAUGACUUUGGUACUCUUUCCUUCACACCAGACUUCUUGCAAAACAUCUCUGUGCAAAAACUUUGUCUGUAUUUGGAGAGCUACAAUGUACAACAUGAAUGUGAACAUGAUUUAUUGCAGGCUGCCCUGCAGUGGCUAACGCAAAGUCCUGACAGAGUGCAGGAUGCACACCACGUCCUUAAAAACAUCCAUUUCCCGCUUAUACCAAAAAGUGAUCUAUUGCACCGAGUCAAACCGGCAGUGUGUUCCCUCCUCCCCAAAGAAGCAAAUUGUGACGUCUUCUUGGAAGAAGCAAUACAUUAUCACAAUAACAUCACAAAGCAGUCAGUACUUCAGAACAGGCGUUCUGCCCUACGAUCUGAUGUGGAAAGGCUAUUGUUUAUUGGCGGAGAAGUCUCGGAGCGCGGAGAAGAGCUAAGUGAUGAUAUGUGCUACUUUGAUGAAGAGAAAGGGCAGUGGUUUUCUGAAACGAUGCUGCCUGCAAGACGAAGCCACCAUUGUGUCACUGUCUUUGGAGGAUUUAUCUAUAUGGCUGGUGGAAGCUCCUCUCGUGACAAUGGAGGUGAUGCCGCCUCGAACGUCCUGUAUAGAUAUGAUCCCAGGUGUAAUCAGUGGCUCAAGGUUGCUCCCAUGAACCAGAGGCGCGUAGAUUUUUACCUGGAUGCCUUUGCUGACUUUCUGAUAGCUGUUGGUGGCAGAAAUGAGAAUGGUGCUUUAUCAUCUGUUGAAAUUUAUGACCCCGUUAAAGAUUCAUGGACCUAUGUUGCCGGCCUACCAAGGUUUACAUAUGGCCACGCUGGUUCAAUAUAUAAGGAAUUUGUAUACAUCUCAGGUGGUCACGACUACCAAAUUGGACCGUACAGAAAGAAUCUUCUUUGCUAUGAUUAUCGAACUGAUGUCUGGGAAGAGAAAAGACCUAUGAUUACUGCCCGAGGGUGGCACAGCAUGAGCACACUACAUGACCAUAUCUAUGCUAUCGGUGGCAGUGAUGAUCACAUUGAGUCAAUGGAGCGUUUUGAUAUUUUAAGUGUGGAAUGUUACACUCCACAAUGUAAUCAGUGGACCCGAGUUGCCUCACUUCUGGAGCCCAACAGUGAAUCGGGCGUGGCAGUCAUGAAUGGGAAGAUCUACAUUCUCGGUGGUUACAGCUGGGAGAACACUGUGUUUUCAAAGGCUGUUCAGAUAUAUAACAGAGUUGAGAAUAAGUGGCUCCGCGGCAACGAACUCCCAAAAUUAAUUGCCGGAGUAUCGGCCUGCAUUUGUGUAAUGAAGCCUCGGUCUCCAGAGAAGAAGCUAAAGACUAUACGCCAAGACUGUGGUAGAUAGUAACCAGUACAAACAGGCAUAAUCUCAGGAUGUCCAUUAGAUUACUUUAGCACAUUGUGACAUUGAAAAAGCAUGUAGCAAUCUGCACUGGUGUUGGGUUUCUGCCAUUUGGCAAUAAUAUUUAAUAGACGUGUGCUAUUUAUUCACAGUAACUGCUAUGUAAUGCUGUAUCUCUGUGUAUUACACUGUUGCCUGCGAUUUGCAGGAGCCUAAAUUGUUAUGUGAGUGAUCCUAAAAUGUGAUUUUGUUUUUAGAAAAGUAACUUAAACCAAUGGGAGAGUGUUGAAUGGGAGAGAACAGUGUGGGUAAACCAAAGUGCUUCUUUUAUCCAUUCGAAUGAGGUUAAAUGUAUUGUGUUUAUCAUACAUUACUUGAAGAAUAGAGUACAUUUAAAAUAAUGCAUUCAGUUAUUAACAAGGGAAUGCCAUGUACAUGAGCUGAUGAGUUGCCUGGUCCAAUUUCAUGUACCUAAUCUUUACUAGGUGAUGACAUUCACCAGAUCUACUAAAACGCGGUUGCAUUAGUGGAAAAGGCAUUAUUCCCAAAAAAUAAUAAGUAUAAGAAACAUUGCUAAAUAGUCUGAAAGGUACCCUUUGUGAGUUUUAAUGGUAUUAUAGGCUAGUAAUUGACAGUCAAAAUAACAAGCCAUGUUGUAUAAAUAGUAGUUUAUGUAUGUCAUGUGUACCACAUCACACUGUGAGAAAGGAAAUAACCCUCGGCUGCAAAUCUAAUUUAAAUGUAAUGUACAAUGUGAUUGAAGUAUUAAUGUAGCAGAUAGCCAUUUAACAACUCAAUAAGAUCACUGCAAAAUAGAAUAUGCCCACCAUUUUAAAGUAACCUUUUUUUCAACAAGCUGCCUGGCAGAUUAUGUCAAAAACUCCUCGUAUGAGGAAUCAUGGGGGUGAAGUGAAAUGUUUUUACACUUGUUUCUGUUUUAAGUUGUCUGGAAGGGCCAUUUGUUUUGAGUUUCAAAAUGAAUUAUUUGAAUAUAUAUUUACAAAGGAUGAUUAAUCUCUAAAUCAGUACAUUGCACAUUCCUGUAUGACAGAAUCAUGAAGAAUUUUCUCAAGACAUUGUAAAAAUGUGAAGGUGGCUAUUUUUAGAACAUGAGAGAGGCACAUUCUGACUGUUUAAGCACAAAAAAGACAGGAGUCUAAAUGUAGGUGAAGUUUUAUUUAAUGCUUUAAUAUAAGAAGGCACAUUUUCUAACUUUUGUAAUGAUGUAAGGUAAAAAAAAAAUCUGAAAACCAGCAAUAAAAAGGUAAGAGUUUUAUUAGAUUUCUGACUACAACUUGCCAUUUACUUGAAACGGGUGUUGCAGCAUCCCUUUCACUGUGUCAUUUAACAGACAUAUCCAACAAUUAUAGUUCGGAAUAUGGGAAAUCUUCCCUCAAGGAAUGAUUUCCUGUUUCGAUUGUUAGUGGUAUAUUGUAUUUGAGCUCCAUCAUUACUAUUAAGAACACAAAGUUUUAGUUUCUGUUGAAAGUAUUGCCUUUGGUAUUAAAAUGGCUAUAUUUAACUAAAAGUACAAAUGCUACUUUACCUACAGCCUAUUUGCUACACAUUUAAAUCCUUUCACUCCUCUAUAAUUUAUUGGUGGAUUGUUUAUUUUACCUGUUUUACACCUUUUAAUAUGGAAUACUUCUGUUAAUUUGUACAUUUUUUAAGAAGAGGUACAAAAUGGAAAGUUUUACACUUGAUUAUUUUUUAUUUUAAUAGCCAAGAAUUAACUCUUGGCUAAAACAACGUAUCUGGGACCAUAACAACCAUGGCAGUUCCAGAUGGAAUAGGUGACUGCAAUAAAUAUAGGUGUCCCAAAGAAAUCAAAGUACUGAUGUUAACUGAACAAAACAUUAACGUCAGAAAAAGUUGUAGGAUGCAAAGAACUUUUUUCUUAAUGUGAAAUAUUUGUAGGUUGAUGAUAAAUAAAUAUAAUAUUGCAUCAAAGGAAAUCUUGUGGGAUGAUAAACUGGCAAAUUGAGAGGACCAAAUAUUUACUCCUUUUAUCCGACACUACAGAUGCUAGAAUCUUGAGAUAAAAGCAAACUUGAGAUAAAAGAGGAACUCAGCGGGUCAGGCAGCAUGAGUGGAAGGAAAUGGUCAGAUGCUGUUUCAGGUCGGGACCCUUCAAACCCAAAGCAUAGUCUGUCAAUUUCCCACAGUGGAAGCUGUUCUGACACACUGAGUUCCUCCAGCAGUUUGUUGUUUGCUCACUUAUUCCUCCCAGAAUGUUAGUAAGGUUGCACAUUUCAGUUAUUUUCUUGGGACAUAUUGGUUAUUUUGCGCCAAGGCUGCUAAUUGCCAUCUCCCAAUGCUAUUUGCAAGGUACCUCUAUUUAACUAGAAUCAAAAUGGCUACCAUACACCCCAAGUACAUGUGCCUAGAUACCUUUAACAGUUAGAAUUAAGUAUUGCCAUUCUAAUUCUUGCAGUGUAUGAUAUACACCCUUAUGUAAUAUAAUUGGAGGUGGUCAACAAAUUUCAGUAGGUUUUGAAUUUAGUCUAUGGCUAUUAAAUUCUGUACCAUAGCACAUUGUAGCCACAUAUAUAAAUUGUUAUAUAUAUAUCAAAAUAACAGAAAAUUCCGAAUGCACUGGAUUUGUCAAUCACUUGACUUACCAUGGUAAAGUACAAUACAGGUACCAUGUUCUACUCAUAGAAUUAAUUACAAUCCAUAUCAAAACAAUGUACAUAAUUAAAUGUCUUCAUUCAUUCUCAUCAAUGUUUGGUUCUGACCGUAAAUGUACAAUAUUUCCUUGUAUAAAAAAGUAUCUAUUUAUUUUGGUAGAAAACUGGAAGAUUUAGAUAAAAAUAAGCAUGCCUGCACGUGCUGUAUUUUUAAAUGAGUUCGGAUUUGGUUUUUUUGAGGAAUGUGUUCAGAUUAUAUGUGUAGUUGGAACAGUUCAUAUUUAAUGUAAGUUGUGUACAGCAAUUGCAAUUGAAAUAUAUGGUGAAUGUUGAUGUUUCUUGUACAUGGAGGAUGUAUUAUUUUACCGCUAAAGCAUUAACAAAGCUGACUUGUAUAUUGGACAGCUUCUAAAAUUAAAUGCUCUUUGCAGACU